AUGAAAAUCUCCGUACAAAGUGGAGAUUGGAGUCGAAUUUUAUCUCCAAACCGCCACUUUGUUUGCGUCGAUGAACACGAUGAUUAUAUCUCUUCAGGGCCUGGUCUUGAACAAUCAGCCAUUACCGAGGUCUUCCGUCGAUUUUUUGAGGAACGUGAGCAUGAGUUUUGUACUCCACUUUAUGGGGAAUACACGACGCUCCAAUCUGCCGACCUGCAAAUAUCAUCCAAUAAGCAUGAUGAACUGGUUCUGUUUGGGGCUGCAACUGGAUUAGCUCUCAUUUAUGGACACUACCCGGGACACUUGAAUCCUCUUCUCCUCAUUUAUCUCCUCAAUGAUUGUAACAUAUCCUGCCUUCAUCAUGAGUUGGUCUCCUCCUAUUUGCCUUCAAUCAGUGAGAUGCUAGAGCGCUGGUUGAAUAUUGGGCCGAUGGAUAGCAUUGCGGAAUUCAGUUCACACUUUGCCUCAUAUCACAAUAUACAGCUUGCAGUCUUGCAUGGACGUUCAGAAGCUGGUCACCACAAGCUUGCAUGGGAAAUGCUUCAUAAUGUUGUCAUUGGUCCCAUAGACAUUGAUAACGCCUAUUUUGCUGCUUUUCUUAAGGGGUUCUUACUUCCUUGUGCUACAGGGAUCGAUCUUGUUGAUAUUGUGCGCAGCUUCUUUGGGGGACCUGAAGAAUUUAUUCGAACUGCGGAAAUGUCUACAAUUCGCGAUUUUGCUUCUCUAAACAUCAGCAUCUCUUGUGAUCUCAAGCAGCCAUCAUUGGAUGAACUGGCCCAAGCGCUCAGCGCUGCUGGUCCUCAAUUUACUGGGAAGACUUUUCAAGACAUUAUAGAAGAUUUUCUUGCCGGUACUGGAGCACCGUGUCCGGAGCUUUUGGCCAGUAUGAUGGAUAGAUUCAGUCCCGAGGUCAAAACCUGCUUAUCGGGACUACGGUCUCCAACAUUCCGCAUGCGCUUAAUGUGCUGGGCUGUGACAGGUGCUACCAGGGUAUUGCUCGAAGGGGAGCCAAUGCAAAUCGUUCUAGUUGAAGAUGACGAUGUACUAUAUCUCCCUAGCGAUAUUGAUGACUCCGAUUUAUAUCUUUUAAUGGGAUCCUGCUCAUUCCGGACCUAACUUGGGAACCCUCGGGUUGCAAUUCAUCAUUGGCUUCUUGUGCAGAUGUUGGAUAAUGCUGGUACUUACAAUAUG